UAUUUUUACUAUCUAUGCCCAUGCCGUUACUGAAUUAGUUGUUUAUUUCAACUUCUACAGGCUCUUUCUUGACUUGAUAGAAGUUAAAAUAUGUGUGACAGCCGUUAAUAACAAAAGGAACUGAACAAUUUGACGUCGGAUGGUUCAUGGUCUGGUGGUUCUUCCUUUCCCGGUUUCGCUUUGUUCGUGAGCUUCUUGGUGGAAUGAGUGAAUCCUCGUCAGUGAGCGAUUUGAAAAACGGACGAUCUCGGAUGAAGCGAGUACGACGCGAUUAAAGAAAAGCACCUUCUAAAAAUUCGCUUUGAAAAAAAGAAGUUGAGAAUUAAUAAGUCAAUCAAACAAUCAUCCACCAUGUCCAUAAAUAUACGCUGCGCAAACACCAAUGAUCUUUUAAACAUCCAGCACUGCAAUUUGCAAUGUCUGCCCGAAAAUUAUCAAAUGAAGUACUACCUCUAUCAUGCUCUCUCCUGGCCCCAAUUGAGCUACGUUGCCGAGGACGAAAAGGGGCGAAUAGUCGGCUAUGUCCUGGCAAAAAUGGAAGAGGACUGCGAGGACAAUCCGCACGGACACAUUACCAGUUUGGCCGUGAAGCGUUCACAUCGCCGGCUUGGUAUCGCCCAAAAACUGAUGAAUCAAGCCUCGAGAGCAAUGGUGGAGUGUUUUGGGGCCAAGUAUGUCUCGCUGCAUGUACGCAGGAGCAAUCGGGCGGCUCUCAAUCUCUACAUGAGCAGUCUGCAGUUUGAAGUGUCGGAGGUGGAGCCGAAAUAUUACGCCGACGGCGAGGAUGCUUACGCGAUGAAACGGGAUCUGAGUUGUUUCCAUCAGGAGAAAAACGCGGCCAAGGAGAAGAUCAUCAAGGAGGGCAAUCCGCACACUCACACUGGAAGGUGCUGUGAACAUACUUAGUUUGACUGAGUCUCGUGUACAUAAAUAUAUUUCAAAGUGGUUUGUGUGUUUGUGCUUUCUUGUCAAAUAACUACUACCUUGUGGCAAUGAAUCGGGGGCGAGAUUUCAAUGGCGGUGAAUUGAAUUUGGCUGGGAAAAGAGAUUCAUUGAAACCUGCUUCUGGACGCUGUUUUUAUUCUUCUUUUUUUUUUUCUUUUUCUUUUUUUUUUUCUGUCGAAGCUUUAAGAAUAAUGUAUUUGAAAUUGGCAUCAGUGAAACGGUGGGUGGGGUU